UCUGUUGCAGAUCCUUCUUUUACACUCUCCGGUUUAGACAGCUGUGCAAAUCUAGAUGCAAUGGUACCUCAAGCAAGGAGUCACUUCUCUGUUCAGCCUCCUCAAAUCUGAGGACCAGCAACCAGCUGCUCAUGGACACUGGACACAAUGAACCUCUUACUCUAUGCUACUUUCUAUGGAUACUUGAUCACUCCAGGCCUACUGUUGCAAAUCCAGUGCUAUCACUGCGAAGAGUUCCUACUUAAUGACGACUGCUCCUUACCACAGUUCAUCGUUAACUGCACUGCUAACAUCCAAAAUGGCUGUCAGAAGGAGACAGUAGUCCAACAAGAUGGUAUUCUCUACAGGAAAUCAUGUGCCUCGUUAUCUUCCUGUCUGAUUACAUCUGCUGGGUAUCAGCCAUUCUGUUCUCCGGGAAAGGUGGGGUCUGUCUGCAUCACCUGCUGUGAUAAAUCACUCUGCAAUGGUCCCAGACAUCCCAGAAGUACCUCUUCCUUCUCAAAAUCACCAUGUGUAGGACUGCUUGUGACCUGUAUUGUAUUUUUUAAGAAUGCUUUGCUUUUGUCAUAGAUCAAUAAAUGCAUUUUAUUUUUCAGCUAUUUGGAAUCAUGUGCACAUACAAUGAUUUUCAUGUAGUCUAAAAUUUAUAACCAGGUGGGACUGCACACCUUCAUUUUCUGUUCGAUAUGCUACUAAAUACAGUAUUUUAGAUAAAAAUUCCACAAAAUAAAAUACACUUCAACUACU